AUGUUGCUGGAUGCUGGUCACCAGUUCCCCGGACUGGGAGUGGGCUCAUUUGCCAGGCAUCACUCAGCCAGCGAGAUGCAGGAGAGAGACUUGAGUUUGGCACAGAAUAGCUUUGUAGACUCGGCACACAUGGGCGCGUUUAAGCUGAACCAUGAUCUCUCCCCGGGACAGAGCUCUGCCUUCUCCACCCAGGCGCCGGGCUACCCCGCUGCGGCUCUGGGGGCUCACGCCGCCCAUGUCACCUCGUACGCAAGCUCCCCUUUCAACUCCACCAGGGACUUUCUCUUUCGCAGCCGUGGCUUCGGAGAAUCCUCUCCGGCGAGCAGCCAACACACUAUUUUUGGCCCCUCGGCAGGAUCCCUCCAUCACUCCCACACAGACUCUCAAGGCCACAUUCUGUUCCCCGGGAUCCACGAGCAGCAUGGCUCCCACGGCUCCCCCAAUGUCCUGAACGGCCAGAUGAGGCUCGGGCUACCCGGAGAAGUUUUCGGACGCUCCGAGCAGUACCACCAGGUCUCCAGCCCGAGGACCGACCACUACUCGGCCGCGCAGCUCCACAACCAGUACGGCUCCAUGAAUAUGAACAUGGGGAUGAACAUGGCAGCCCACCACCACCCCGGUGCCUUUUUCCGCUACAUGAGGCAGCAGUGCAUCAAGCAGGAGCUCAUCUGCAAGUGGAUCGACCCCGAGCAGCUGAGCAACCCGAAGAAGUGCUGCAACAAAACUUUUAGCACCAUGCAUGAGUUGGUCACGCACGUCUCCGUGGAGCAUGUCGGCGGACCGGAGCAGACCAACCACGUCUGCUUCUGGGAGGAUUGCCCCCGGGAGAGCAAACCGUUCAAGGCGAAAUACAAACUGGUUAACCACAUUCGGGUGCACACCGGGGAGAAGCCUUUCCCAUGCCCCUUCCCCGGCUGUGGGAAGGUCUUCGCCCGCUCGGAAAACUUGAAGAUCCACAAGAGAACACACACAGGAGAGAAGCCGUUCCAGUGUGAGUUUGAGGGCUGUGACAGAAGGUUUGCAAACAGCAGCGACCGAAAGAAACACAUGCACGUUCACACGUCGGACAAGCCUUAUCUCUGCAAGAUGUGUGACAAGUCCUACACACACCCCAGCUCCCUCAGAAAACACAUGAAGGUCCACGAAGCGUCCCCACCACCAUCAGACUCAUCACCAGCAGCCAGCUCUGGGUAUGAAUCCUCCACGCCUCCAGGCCUGGUGUCCCCCACCACCGAGACCCAGAGCAACACCACCAUGUCCCCAGCCUCAGCCGUCCACAACUCCACCAGUCACAGUGGCCUAUCCUCCAAUUUCAGUGAAUGGUAUGUUUAG